CAUUGCAGGUGCACGAUCCUUGCCUCCACCAUGCUGAGAUUAAGUCUACUUUGCGCCAUUAUGGCGGUAGCCAUUGCCGCAAACUCUCAAGAAAUCCUACGCACCCAAUGGGAGGCAUUCAAAGCUACCCACAAUAAAUCCUACCAAUCGCACAUGGAGGAGCUCCUGAGGUUCAAAAUUUUCACUGAAAACAGCCUGAUCAUUGCCAAGCACAACGCGAAGUAUGCUAAGGGUCUCGUUUCUUACAAGCUCGGAAUGAACCAGUUCGGAGAUCUGCUGGCGCACGAAUUCGCCAAGAUCUUCAACGGUUACCGUGGUCAGCGCUCAGCCCGCGGAUCCACCUUCAUGCCACCAGCAAACGUUAACGACAGCAGCCUGCCAAGCACUGUCGACUGGCGCAAGAAGGGAGCUGUCACACCUGUCAAGAACCAGGGACAGUGUGGUUCCUGCUGGGCGUUCAGUGCCACCGGUUCUCUGGAGGGACAGCAUUUUCUGAAGGACGGCGAGCUGGUUUCACUCAGUGAGCAAAACUUGGUCGACUGCUCUCAGUCCUUCGGCAACAAUGGUUGCGAGGGUGGCCUUAUGGACAACGCUUUCAAGUACAUUAAGGCUAACGAUGGUAUCGACACCGAGGAGAGCUAUCCAUAUGAGGCUGUGGAUGCCAAGUGCCGCUUCAAGAAGGAUGACGUUGGUGCAACCGACACCGGCUUUGUAGACAUCGAGCAGGGAUCUGAGGAUGACCUGAAAAAGGCCGUCGCUACCGUUGGCCCAAUUUCCGUAGCCAUUGACGCUGGACACUCAUCAUUCCAGCUGUAUUCCGAAGGAGUGUACGACGAGCCCGACUGUAGCAGUGAGAGCCUGGACCACGGUGUGCUUGCUGUCGGCUAUGGUGUCAAGGAUGGAAAGAAGUAUUGGCUCGUCAAGAACAGCUGGGGUGAGUCCUGGGGAGACAACGGCUACAUCCUGAUGUCCCGUGACAAGAACAACCAGUGCGGCAUUGCCUCUGCGGCCAGCUACCCUCUCGUCUAAACAAGUGAUUUGACGUUGUGACGUUCCCCUGAACGUUUCGUAAAAUGUACAUAAUUUGUUCACCCAAAUAAAUUACCCAUAUUUCACCACUGUAAGAAA